AUGCAAUAACUCUGGUAAUUAGUCUUUAGCCCAUCUGCCCAUUUAAGAGAGAAAAUGGACAUGGCUAGCAUUUGAAGAACAAACCUUCAAAAUUUUAACAUGCUCUUCCCUCAAAACCCCUACAAAUCCCACCUCUCAAUCUCUCCGAUUCAAGAAUUCUAAGAGCCGGCCAAUACCUAAUGGAGAGCACCGAUUCGUCUUCAGGCUCGCAACAGCCCAACCUUCCACCGGGGUUCAGGUUCCAUCCUACCGACGAAGAGCUAGUGGUUCACUACCUCAAGAAAAAGGCCUCCUCUUCUCCUCUUCCGGUAGCAAUUAUCGCAGAAGUUGAUCUUUACAAGUUUGAUCCCUGGGAAUUACCGGCGAAGGCGACAUUUGGCGAGCAAGAAUGGUACUUUUUUAGUCCAAGAGACCGGAAGUACCCCAACGGUGUGAGGCCAAACAGGGCAGCAACUUCAGGGUAUUGGAAGGCCACCGGAACUGAUAAGCCAGUAUUAACUUCUGGGGGUACUCAAAAGGUUGGUGUUAAGAAAGCUCUUGUUUUCUAUGGAGGGAAGCCCCCGAAAGGAAUCAAAACCAAUUGGAUCAUGCAUGAGUACAGAUUAGCAGAUAAAAAAGUCAGUAACAAGCCCCCAGGAUGUGACUUGGGCAACAAGAAAAACUCCUUAAGGCUUGACGAUUGGGUUUUGUGUCGAAUAUACAAGAAAAAUAACACACUUCGACCAAUGGAUCACGAUAAAGAUGAUUCUGUGGAGGAUAUGCUUGGAUCAAUACCACCAUCGAUAUCAGUUGGUACCCAACAGAAUACGAAACUGCAGCUCGUAAAUGGCCCAAACUAUGAAGCAUUGGUUGAAAAUGAGCAGAAUUUUUUUAACGCAAUGUUAAGCAACGAUGGCAUUAAUAACACUAACUUUUUCUCUCAGUUGGCCUCUUCAACCUCUAGACCUGCAGAGCUGUCUAUGCUUCCUCUCAAAAGAACACACCCAUCUCUGUAUUGGAGCGAUGACGACGCGGGUGGACCUCCAUCAAGCAAGAGAUUUCAGGGGGAUAAUGGAGAUGGAAGUGUUGUGAGGACUGAUGGGAACGGUUCCAUAGCCUCUCUGCUUAGCCAGCUCCCACAAACACCUCCAUUGCACCAACAAACAAUGUUGGGGUCUAUGGGAGAUGGGAUUUUUAGGCCACCAUACCAGCUAUCAAACCUGAAUUGGUAUUCUUGAGUCUUGAUUCAUUCAAGGUGGAGGGAGAUGUGAUAUAUAUACAUAUAUAUAGUGUCUUGAUUAGUUCUAUAUUCGGGGAAGAAUGGCAAAAUGAGAUGUUAUAUACUUGUUCAUAAGUACAGUUGAAACUAGUUAUAUAUCAGCUUCAGAUUGGGAUUGUUGAGAUUUUGGUUGUUAGGGAUGAGAUUAGAGAGUAAUUCAUUGGCCUCCAGUAUCUUCCAGGGUAACGUGUAGCUGCCAAUUUCCUGGUAAGGCCAUCGAUACUCUCAUAUAUAUAUAUAUAUAUAUAUACAUACAUAGGUUCAUAUAAAUGAUAUAUAUAGUUCACAAUAUAUACAUAUUUGGUUGUUAUAAUUAGGCACUCAAAAGGAAAAAUUGAGAUGUUCAUCUUCAUGUAGAAAAAUAAAAUUGAUAAAUGAUAUAUAUAUUUUGCUUGUGGGUAUGUACAUUUAACCUUGUAGAACUCUUAUUAUUAAUUAAUCAUUUUUAAGAUAUUAUUAUU